UGUUGGACUGGCAACACUGCUUAUACUAUUAUUUCGUUCCAUUCGCUUCAUCAUCAUCUUGUAGUGUAGAUGUAAGAGUUGUUCUUACUGCCGUUUCAUCUAUUCAAUACAUUCCAGUUCGAACUGUGAUCUAUAGAAUAGAUUUUUUGAUUCAUUCCAAAAUUUAUUAUAGUAAACUUGAGUCUUGUAUUAUUUUUUCGUGUGAACUUGUUGACGGUGUUACAGCAUGGCCGAGUAUCAUAAACCCGAAAAACGAAUUGUUCAAGAAUUGAAGGACAUUGCACAAAAAUUAAGAAUUGAUUCUAUAAGAGCAACAGAUGCAUCUAAAUCUGGACAUCCGACAUCAUGUGCAUCCAUGGCAGAGAUUAUGUCAGUGUUGUUCUUCCACACAAUGCGCUACAAGCUGUCCAGCCCCAAACACGCUUCCAACGACAGAUUUAUUCUGUCCAAGGGACAUGCUGCUCCCAUUUUAUACGCAGCAUGGGCUGAAGCCGGUCUGUUCCCAGUCAAUGAACUGCUGAACCUGAGGAAGGUGGACAGUGACUUGGAGGGUCACCCCACCCCUCGCCUCAAUUUCAUCGAUGUGGGCACUGGCUCCCUGGGACAGGGUCUCUCUGUAUCUUGUGGAAUGGCCUAUGUUGGAAAGUACUACGACAAGGCUUCUUACAGAGUAUACUGUUUGAUCGGAGACGGCGAAUCGGCCGAAGGUUCGAUCUGGGAGGCGAUGCACUUUGCUAGCUACUACAAGCUGGACAACUUGGUGGCCAUAUUUGAUGUGAACCGCCUGGGUCAGAGUGAGCCAACUUCUCUGCAGCAUGACAUGGAGGUCUACAGGAAGAGAGCCGAAUCUUUCGGUUUCAACGCCAUUGUGGUUGAUGGUCAUGAUGUCGAGGAGUUGUGUAAGGCAUUCCACGCGGCCGCAAAUACAAAAGACAAACCAACUGCUGUGAUCUGCAAAACAUUCAAGGGAAAGCACUUCCCUAAUAUUGAAGAUCUGGAAGAUUGGCAUGGAAAGGCUCUUGGAGACAAGUCAGCUGGAGUCAUUCAGCACCUGGAAUCGCUGAUUAAGAACAAGGGGAAUUUGCAGCUGCACCCACAGAAGGCAGUUAUUGAGGAUGCACCAAAAGUCGAUAUCUAUAAUGUGACUCUUUCCUCACCCCCUGAGUAUAAACUUGGAGAACAAAUAGCUACUCGCUUUGCUUACGGAACGGCCCUUGCCAAGCUCGCUGCAAACCAUAGCCGUGUUAUCGCUCUGGACGGUGACACCAAAAACUCCACCUUCUCCGAUAAGAUCAAGAAGGUUGACCCUUCAAGACACAUCGAAUGCUUUAUCGCAGAACAGAAUCUGGUCGGCGUGGCAAUCGGAGCUGCAUGCAGAGAUAGAACAAUCGCCUUUGUAUCAACAUUUGCCACAUUCUUCACACGUGCCUUUGAUCAGAUUCGUAUGGGAGCCAUUUCUCAGACCAACGUGAACUUUGUUGGAUCUCACUGUGGAGUCAGUAUUGGAGAGGAUGGCCCAAGUCAGAUGGCUUUGGAGGAUAUUGCUUUGUUCCGUUCAAUUCCAGGAUCGACAGUUUUCUACCCGUGUGAUGCAGUGAGCACAGAACGAGCCGUUGAAAUUGCAGCCAACACAAAGGGAGUCUGCUUCAUUCGUACAUCAAGGCCUAACACAGCUGUCAUCUACAAGAAUGAUGAAAAGUUCCAGAUCGGCAAGGCGAAGGUUGUGAAGAGCAGCCAGAAGGAUGAGGUGUUGUUGAUUGGCGCAGGAGUGACACUGUACGAAGUCCUGGCUGCUAGCGAGCAGCUGGCAUCUGCCGGCAUUGGAGCUCGGGUCAUAGAUCCCUUCACCAUCAAGCCCAUUGAUCAAGCCACCAUAAUUGCCAACGCCAAGCAGUGCAAGGGUAGAAUCGUCGUGGUGGAAGACCAUUACCCGGAAGGUGGUGUUGGAGAAGCAGUGAUGGCAGGUGUUGCUGGAGAACGCGACAUAAUAGUGAAACAUCUGGCUGUUCCAAGGGUUCCUCGGUCUGGACCACCCAAGGUUCUCCUCAACAUGUUUGGCAUUGAUGCUAAAUGUAUAGUGGCAGCGGCCCAACAAAUCCUCAACAAAUAAACACAUCACUUCAAACAUUCCUUGAGCAAGUCAAGUUUUUUAUUUGAAUAACUCGUUAUCUUGCUCUUUUGCACCGUGUUGAGUGUUUUUUAAAUAAUCUAUUGGUAUUCAAUAGUUUUGCUUAUUUGCAUAUUUUCUUGUUAAUGAAUGAUAGAAAAUGUUAUUUUCAUACGAGAGUGUAUUAAGAGAAAUAUUGCAUAAUUUUAUUGUUUUUAAAUUAAGAAAAUUUAUGCACUGAAAAUUGUUUUUUAUUGAAGAUAAGCGCAAAGUUAUUGUGGUUUAUCCAGUUGCCAUUUCCAUAGGCUGACUCUUCUUUCUUCUUGAGGAAGGGCAGUAUUUUACAGGACUUGAUUGUCUAAAUUAAAUCAGGCUUUGUGUUAGAUAUAAAA